UGUAAAAAGCUAUUUUACAUUCUACAUAUAUCAUCCCCAACAGAUUGAUCCAAAAAUUCCAAAUCCACAUGCGAACAUAAGCCUAUGAAAGUUAGCUGCCAACCAGUCAUACACAUGCGGAUAAUAAUGAACCAUCUUUUCUUCUCUUCCUCCGACUUCCGAAGUAUUAGAUAAUAUGAUCAAUCCUAUUCAUUCCAGUUUGAAAGACAGCACAGCAAGCUGAUCAUCAUCAUCCACAAGUAACAAAAAUGAGCUGCACUGAUUCUCCUAUACACGUUUAUCUCGUCUCCUUCUCCGGCCAAGGUCAUGUCAACCCUCUUCUCAGGCUCGGAAAGCGCUUAGCCUCAAAGGGCUUGCUCGUCUCGUUCUGCACCCCAGAAAGCUGGGCCAAACAGAUGAGGCAAGCCGGUAGCAUCUCCGACGAGCCCGUCCCCAUCGGGGACGGCUUCAUACAGUUCGAGUCCCUCCACGAUGGCUGGCCCGACCAUGACCCUAGACGUCAAGACCUCGACCAGUAUCUCUCUCAGCUUGAGCGCGUCGGCAAGGAGCUUCUUCCUCGAAUGAUCAAACACCACACAGAUCAAAACAGACCGGUGUCUUGUCUUAUCAAUAACCCCUUCAUCCCUUGGGUCACAGACGUUGCAGAAACCCUAGGCCUCCCUUCUGCUAUGCUGUGGGUUCAAUCCUGUGCUUGUUUCUCCGCUUACUACCAUUACUACAACAAAUCAGUCCCUUUCCCUUCGGAAGCCGAGCCCGAAAUCAGCGUUCAGCUACCUUUUAUGCCCUUGUUAAGGUACGAUGAGGUUCCUAGCUUCUUGUACCCAACAACUCCGUACCCGUUCCUGAGGAGAGCUAUCAUGGGACAGUUUAGGAACCUGGAAAAAUCCUUCUGUGUCCUCAUGGACGGGUUUGAGGAACUCGAGCACGAGAAUGUUCAGUACAUGUCCAAGAUUUGCCCUAUCAUGACCGUCGGGCCUUUGUUCAAGAACCCCAGAGCACCAAUCGACACGGUUCGAGGAGACCAAUUGAAGGCCGAUGACUGUGUCGACUGGCUCAACUCAAAACCUCCGUCGUCCGUGGUGUACAUUUCGUUUGGCACGGUUGUGUACUUGAAGCAAGAACAAGUGGACGAGAUUGCUCACGGCCUUUUGGGCUCUGGGCUUUCGUUUCUCUGGGUCAUGAAGCCUCCUCACAAAGACUCUGGACUUAGGCCUCAUGAGCUUCCGGAUGGGUUUCUCCAGAAAGUUGGGGAUGGAGGGAAAGUGGUAAGGUGGAGCCCACAAGAGCAAGUUUUGGCCCACCCAUCAGUGGCUUGUUUUGUGAGUCACUGUGGUUGGAACUCAUCAAUGGAAGCUAUUGCCUCUGGGAUACCUAUAGUGGCGUUUCCACAGUGGGGUGACCAAGUGACUAAUGCUAAGUACAUAGUCGAUGUGUUCGGAGUUGGGGUUAGAAUGGGUAGGGGUGAGGCUGCGAAUGAGCUGAUCGGAAGGGAUGAAGUUAAGAGGUGUUUGCUGGAGGGGACGGUGGGCCCCAAGGCGGUGGAGAUGAAGCAGAACGUGCUCAGGUUGAAGAAGGCGGCGGAGGAUGCCGUGGCAGAAGGUGGCUCCUCUGAUCGGAAUCUCCAAGCCUUUGUAGAUGAAGUAAGGAAGAGAAGCAUAGAAAUCGAGGACAAGGUUCCCUGAGUCGGAAUUUGAAGCCAGAUAUUGGCUGUUAAUGAGAGAAUCUAUAUUAAAUGAAAAAAAAAAAUCAAGAAAAGGGAAAAAUAAUUUAGAAUACUUAUUUAUUGUUAGAUCUUAUUUAUUAUCUUGUUUCUCACGUACGUAUGUACGUGUGUGUAUCAAAAAAUACAUAUUUCCUCUGUUUAAACCAAAUUUGGCAAAUUAAUAAAUGUUUGCUUUUUAGUAAAAA